CCAAAACCUGUGUUUUAAACACUAAACAGUAAGCAAAGGCAGCAAAUUAAUCUUUGAAUUAUUUGCUUCCAAAACCCUACACUUUUCCUUCAACACAUCCUAGAAAAUGGCUUCACAAGCUUCUCAAGUUCUUGCUUCACCCCAUCCCGCCAUUUCAUCCGAAAAUCGACCCAAGGCUGAUUUUCAUCCCGGUAUUUGGGGUGAUAUGUUCAUCAUCUGUCCUGAUACGGAUAUCGAUGCUGCAACAGAAUUACAAUAUGAAGAAUUAAAAGCACAAGUGAGGAAGAUGAUUAUGGAACCUGUUGAUGAUUCAAACCAAAAGUUGCCCUUCAUUGAUGCUGUUCAAAGAUUAGGUGUGAGUUAUCAUUUUGAGAAAGAGAUUGAAGAUGAACUAGAGAAUAUUUACCGUGACACCAACAACAAUGAUGCUGACACCGAUCUCUACACUACAGCUCUUCGAUUCCGGUUACUUAGAGAGCAUGGCUUCGGUAUUUCAUGUGAUGCAUUCAACAAGUUCAAAGAUGAGGCUGGGAACUUCAAGCCAUCAUUGACAAGUGAUGUGCAAGGGUUGUUGGAACUUUAUGAAGCUUCCUAUAUGAGGGUCCAUGGGGAAGAUAUACUUGAUGAAGCCAUUUCUUUCACCACUGCUCAACUUACACUUGCUCUACCAACUUUAAACCAUCCUUUAUCGGAACAGGUCGGCCAUGCCUUAAAGCAGUCUAUCCGAAGGGGCUUGCCAAGGGUUGAGGCCCGGAAUUUCAUUUCGAUAUACCAAGAUUUAGAAUCCCAUAACAAAUCGUUGCUUCAAUUUGCAAAGAUUGAUUUCAACUUGUUGCAGCUUUUGCAUAGGAAAGAGCUAAGUGAGAUCUGCAGGUGGUGGAAAGAUUUAGACUUUACAAGAAAACUACCAUUUGCAAGAGAUAGAGUGGUUGAAGGCUAUUUUUGGAUAAUGGGAGUUUACUUUGAACCCCAAUACUCUCUUGGUAGAAAGAUGUUGACAAAAGUCAUAGCAAUGGCUUCCAUUGUUGAUGAUACUUAUGAUUCAUAUGCAACCUAUGAUGAACUCAUUCCCUAUACAAAUGCAAUUGAAAGGUGGGAUAUUAAAUGCAUGAACCAACUCCCGGAUUACAUGAAAAUAAGCUACAAGGCACUAUUAGAUGUUUAUGAAGAAAUGGAACAGCUGUUGGCAAAUCAAGGGAGACAGUACCGAGUUGAGUAUGCGAAAAAGGCGAUGAUACGCCUUGCUCAAGCUUACCUUUUGGAGGCCAAAUGGACUCAUCAAAAUUAUAAACCAACCUUUGAGGAAUUUAGAGAUAAUGCAUUGCCAACCUCUGGCUAUGCCAUGCUUGCUAUAACGGCGUUUGUCGGCAUGGGCGAAGUUAUAACCCCUGAGACCUUCAAAUGGGCCGCCAAGGACCCCAAGAUCAUUAAGGCUUCCACCAUUAUUUGCAGGUUCAUGGACGAUAUUAUGGAACAUAAGGUAUACUAUAUAUUCACAUUCAAGAAUUCUAAAAAUCGAUUAUGACAUAUAUAUGCACUUAAAUCUAUAUAAUAGAAUUGUAAGGCUUCUAGGGUUUGCAUUUGCUAAGUUAAUUAGCCUAUAUGGUUCAUAUGGGUGCAGUUCAACCAUAGGAGAGAAGACGAUUGCUCAGCAAUCGAAUGUUACAUGAAACAAUAUGGGGUGACAGCGCAGGAAGCAUACAAUGAAUUCAACAAACACAUAGAGAGUUCAUGGAAAGAUGUAAAUGAAGAGUUCUUGAAACCGACAGAAAUGCCAACACCCGUUCUUUGUCGUAGCCUCAACCUUGCUAGGGUUAUGGAUGUACUUUACAGAGAAGGUGAUGGUUAUACACAUGUUGGGAAAGCUGCUAAAGGUGGGAUCACUUCAUUAUUGAUUGAUCCAAUCCAAAUUUGAAAUUCAACAUUGGCUUAAGAUUUACUAUGAGAUAAAAUUAAUAAAGUUUGUACAAUGAAGGAAAUGUAUAAUUUCAUUACAUUAUUUGAUUUGUUUCUUCUAUAUAAAAGAAUGAACAAGCGGAUAAUCUUUGUACUUUGUAUCUUUUUAAUCCAAUUAAUUUCUACUAUCAAAUAUAUGAUACGUGAUUUUAUAUGUUUAA